AUGACCGAGGUCCUGUGGCCGGCGGUCCCCAAUGGGACGGACGCCUUCCUGGUGGGACUCGGCUCGCCCUGGGGGAAUGGCACGCUGGCCUCCACCGCCGCGGCCGCCGUGCCCUCGUACAGAUGUUCCCUGACCAAGACCGGCUUCCAGUUCUACUACCUCCCGGCAGUCUACAUCCUGGUGUUCAUCGUCGGCUUCCUGGGCAACAGCGUGGCCAUCUGGAUGUUCGUCUUCCACAUGAAGCCCUGGAGCGGCAUUUCCGUGUACAUGUUCAACUUGGCCCUGGCCGACUUUUUGUACGUGCUGACACUGCCCGCCCUUAUCUUCUACUACUUCAACAAGACAGACUGGAUCUUCGGGGACGCCAUGUGCAAACUGCAGAGGUUCAUCUUCCACGUGAACCUCUACGGCAGCAUCUUGUUCCUAACCUGCAUCAGUGUGCACCGCUACAGCGGGGUGGUCUAUCCCCUCAAGUCGCUGGGCAGGCUCAAGAAGAAGAACGCAGUCUAUGUCAGCGUGCUGGUGUGGCUCACCGUGGUGGUGGGCAUCUCCCCCAUCCUCUUCUACUCUGGCACGGGGCCACGGAAAAACAAAACCACCUGCUAUGACACCACCUCGGACGAAUACCUGAGAAGCUAUUUCAUCUACAGCAUGUGCACGACCGUAGCCAUGUUCUGUGUCCCCUUGGUGCUGAUUUUGGGCUGUUAUGGCUUAAUUGUGAAAGCUUUGAUUUACAAGGACCUGGACAACUCGCCUCUCCGGAGGAAAUCCAUUUACCUGGUGAUUAUUGUACUGACCGUUUUUGCCGUGUCUUACAUCCCUUUCCAUGUGAUGAAAACGAUGAACUUGAGGGCCCGCCUGGAUUUUCAAACCCGAGAAAUGUGCGCCUUCAACGACCGCGUGUAUGCCACCUAUCAGGUCACGAGAGGUCUGGCCAGUCUCAACAGCUGUGUGGACCCUAUUCUUUAUUUCUUGGCCGGAGAUACUUUCAGAAGGAGACUCUCCCGGGCCACCAGGAAAGCUUCCAGAAGAAGUGAGGCGAAUUUGCAGUCCAAGAGUGAAGAUAUGACGCUCAAUAUUUUAUCUGAGUUCAAGCAGAAUGGAGACACAAGCUUAUGAAGGCAGAAGAACACUCCAGAUCUCUCUCUUGUGACAUGUUUUCUUCCUUUUAGGUCUCAGGAUGCUCAGCCUGAUUUAGAGCACGAGUCUGUGUUAGUACAUUGCUUCACCUUCCGGAGAGCCGUCUUCUUUAGGAGUGUGGAUCCUUCUUUAGGAGUGUGGAUCCAGAGAGAAGGCACCUUAGACAAUGACUAGAAAUGCUGUGUUUCUCCUUGAAGUGUUUUUUCCCUAGUCCCUUGCAUUACAUUAGAGAGCAAUGACAUGAAUGAUAACCAAGGAGUAACAAAAAUGGUCUCCCUGACCCCUUCCAAGCUAAAAGAGGUCUCUGGAAAGAGUCUUGCACUGAUGAUGGAAACAUUCAGAGGUUCAGGGGGAAAUGGUGAUCGUUUGAGUUGAAAAGCUGAUUCAUGCCAUAUAGUGUUAUAAAUAAGUGUGUUAAUAGUAAGGGCAAAAUCUUUGGAGGAAAGAGCAGUGCAAAGUUUAGAAUUUAUCAUUUAACAAAAUUUUGCCCUGAAAAAAAUAUUUAACUCAAAAUUCAAGGUUUUCGAUGACUCAAAAAAUUUUCCUCUUUGAUUCUUUGAACAUCCUUUGAGUUUACAUUGAAAUGAUAAGAAAAAAGAAACUUAAAAGAGAUAUGGCAUGAGUCAGGAUUUGGAGUUAAAACCCAGGAUAUUACCAUUCAGCCAACUAUGAGACUCUUGCCUCCAGACCUCUCUGCAUGGAUUAAGAAGAUUGCAUGACAUCAUUGGUUGGGACUUUAGAAGUUAUGGUAAAGCACCAAAAAAUAAGACAGAUAGAGGUUCUGAGAUCUGCUCUUUUCCAGAACUCUUCAGUCAAAAUCCUUAUGAGGUCAGCAACUGGGACAUGUAUCCAUGACCCAUAAGCCUCUCUUUACUUGGACUGCUUCGGACAGAAUCUGAACUGCCUUUGGAUACCAAAGCGGCCAGUACUUGCAGCAGCUGCAGUUGAACUAGUGGCAGUGCUUAAAGGUGUACUACUAAUUGCAGAUCUUUUGAAGCUUUAACUUUGCUGGUCAAACUGUAACUAUCAUAAUAUUUAUUGGUGAAGAUCACAGUCCUUCACUGUACAUAAUGAAAAAUUUUAUUGAAUGAUCCAACAUACUUCAUGUAAAUUAUAUUUAUUAUAGUGUAUAAUAUGUGUCACAAUGUUGUAUAUAUGAUUCAUAGAUAAAAUGAGAAUUGUAUGUUGUGAUGCUGUUAAAAUUUCAGCAUCUUGAAAUGCUCAAAGUCUUCAGAUUUUGGGGGUGGGUGGGUCUCAGCUAUGAAAAUCAACAGAUGUCAUACAAAUAAAUCACUUUUUCUUAGAAAUAUUUUUGCAUGUUUAGCUGUUUGAUUAGGGUUCUUUCUAUAUAGGAGCAAUUCAUUGCCAAACCAGCAUAAGAUAAUUAGUAAGUGCAAAGAGGCCUGCAUUGUCUACAUUUUAUAUGAUAUUACAGAAAAGUUUAUACUCUUCUGUCAGGAGGUUUAAAUUUUGCCUCCAAAUAUGGCACAGCUUCCAUUUCCAAAUGCAUAGAUCACGUCUUAAAUUCAAAAGUCGUUUUAUUAUGUUUUGAAAGUCUGGUGGAGUGGGCAUUACAGAUACAUUUGAAUUUAGAUAGGAGAUAGGAUAAGAAAGAGGCAGCUGGUGAAGCAUCUACUGCUGCUGAGUUCUGCUUACAUUUUGGUGUUGUGCUUUUCCAGGUCAAAUCACAUGGUCUUCAUUUCUUGGAGUAGAAAUUUCUAAGUAGCACACUAGCAAAUUCAACAUGGCUAUUAAUUUCCAUAGGUUUUUUUAUUUGAUAAUUUUAAUUCAAAGUUGUAUAGUGAUAACUGUACAUAUAUUAUGUGGCUGCUGAAUUCUGUUAAAAAUUUAAAAAUUCUGUUGUACAGUAUAUUAUAUGUAUCAUCAAAAGUGAAUAUGAAGGGGAAUAUAUGUUAUAUAUCUACAUUUGUGAAUUUGAAUUAUAGUAUGUUCUAGUGCUUUGGCAGAAAUGUUUAUUUUUAUAUUUGUGAUUGUAAUCGAUAAAAAUUAAAAUAGAUCUUUGUGAUUAAUAGCACCAUUGGAUGAGCAGUUUGGAAACAGUGUUACUUGACCUUUUGAGCUUUCUCAGGUUUAUCUACAUUGGCGGUAGUUUAAAAAAAUCCAGACUUUUGUGCUUAAAUGUGCUUUUAAGAAAAAAGAAUGUCCAUUUCCUAUGAUCGUGUAGAGUUUGCAUGCAGCAGUGUGCAAAAAUGUGUGUGUGUGUGUGUGUGUGUGUGUAAGGCAUGGUGACCAACUUUGUAUCAGUCUUAGAGUAAUAGCAGAGUCUCAGUAUAAUCUUGGUCACUGGAAUUGUACUUACAGUAGAUAAUUAAAUCUGAAGAAGACUCAAUAAAAGUACGAAACGUU